CCACCCCGCAAAACCCCGCCAUGUCUUCCAAGUCGCAAUUGACCUACACUGCUCGUGCCAGCAAGCACACCAACCCUCUGGCCAAGCGCCUCUUCGAGAUUGCCGAGGCCAAGAAGACCAACGUGACCGUCUCCGCCGACGUGACCACGACCAAGGAGCUCCUGGAUCUCGCUGACCGUCUGGGACCGUAUAUCGCCGUGAUCAAGACGCACAUCGACAUCCUCUCGGACUUCAGCAACGAGACGAUCGAGGGCCUCAAGGCGCUGUCCGAGAAGCACAACUUCCUGAUCUUCGAGGACCGCAAAUUCAUCGACAUCGGCAACACCGUCCAGAAGCAGUACCACAAGGGCACCCUCCGGAUCUCGGAGUGGGCCCACAUCAUCAACUGCAGCAUCCUGCCCGGUGAGGGCAUCGUGGAGGCCCUGGCCCAGACCGUCGCGGCCGACGACUUCGAGUACGGCGCCGACCGCGGCCUCCUGAUCCUGGCCGAGAUGACCUCCAAGGGCUCCCUCGCCACGGGCCAGUACACCACCGCCUCGGUGGACUACGCGCGCAAGUACCAGAAGUUCGUCAUGGGAUUCGUGUCGACGCGGGCGCUGGGCGAGGUGCAGUCCAAGGUGAGCUCCGCCUCAGACGAGGAGGACUUCGUCGUGUUCACGACGGGCGUCAACAUCUCCUCCAAGGGCGAUAAGCUCGGCCAGCAGUACCAGACCCCCGCGUCCGCCAUUGGUCGCGGAGCCGACUUCAUUAUCGCCGGUCGCGGGAUCUAUGCCGCGGCCGACCCGGUGCAGGCGGCGCAGCAGUACCAGAAGGAGGGUUGGGAGGCGUACCAGGCCCGUGUUGGCGGCAACUAAAAGGGGUGUUAAUUUUAGACAAUGUACAGGAUUAGCAACAUAAUGCCAUGUUAC